AUGCGUUUUUAGACAUGGCGAGGAGGCAUUGGAUAGGUGGAUUCCAGGAACGAACGUUGAAAUAUCAGUUGCCCAGGGGGUUAUCGAAUCAAUCUUUUAUCGAUUAAUUUUUCGCAUUGAAUAAUUGGUUUUUCUCUUUGAGAAUUAAUUUUUUUCGUUAACUUCUCGCGUCUUGGGGGACAUUUUUUACCCUCUGAUGCUGCAAAUUUUGCGAUUGUUGACAUCAUCCACUCGUGACACUGCCUCAGUUGAAUUGAAGCUAUGACCAAUAUUCGGGGAACAGGUCUAUGAUUGUGUAUAACUCGAUAUUCCUCGAAUUUAGUGAAAUGAGAAGUUGAUUUUUAUGGGAGAGAAUUUUUCAGUGAGGGUUUUUGCAAUUUGUGAAGUAGUGUUUUUUCGGGGGUUUGGUGAUUAUUGUUUUGAAUGGUGAUUGGAAGGUUUGGGGAUUGAUUUUUAAAUUUGGGAUUGUUGUGGUUUUUGGGAAUCAGGGGAGAAUGUCGUGGAUUAGGAAGAGUACACUGAGUUUUUUACAAUUGUUUGCUGUUAAAAUAAUCAAGUGCGGGAGGAUUCCUCAGCAUGUAGCUUUCAUCAUGGAUGGGAACAGGAGGUAUGCGAGAAAGAAUCAGGUGGCUGGGAUCCAGGGACACACUGAAGGGUUCAACAAACUCGCUGAGACUCUCCAGUGGUGUCUGGACCUUGGCAUCAAGGAGGUGACGGUCUACGCUUUCAGCAUUGAAAAUUUCAAAAGAAGUCAGGAGGAAGUCGAUGCACUGAUUGAUCUCGCACGAGAGAAGUUUCAAAGACUCCUAGACGAGAGCGAUAAACUGAUGGAGAACGGCGUUCGUAUUUCAAUUAUAGGAAAUGUGUCGUUAAUACCUGGAGACCUGCGACAGUUAAUGGCGAAGGCCAUGCUUAUCACGAAAGAUAAUGAUAAGGCAUUCUUGAAUAUUGCGUUCGCCUAUACGUCUAGGGACGAGAUCACGGAGACGGUUAAAACGAUUGCAGAGGGUGUGAGGGAUAAUGCCAUUAGCACAGCUGAUAUCGACGAGGAACUUUUCUCUAAAUGCCUUUAUACUAGUCGAUCUCCAGACCCAGAUCUCAUCAUAAGGACUUCUGGGGAAAUUCGGUUUAGUGAUUAUCUCCUGUGGCAGAUUUCUCACUCCUACGUACAUUUUACCAAUGUUCUCUGGCCAGAGUCCAGCAUAUGGGACCUACUGAUAGCUGUGUUCCACUAUCAACGCAGUUACGCGCAGCUGGAGAAAUUGAAAAUCCACCAAAAAGCCAUUGACCAGUCUUGCUCGUUACGCGCAGCUGCGUUCACGAACAAAGUGGAGAACAACAGGCGAAAAUUUUUAGAGCAACUAGCAGUUUCCAGUUCCUGAAUGCCCAAACAACUGAGCCAUUUGUAAAUACAAAAUAAAAUUAUAAGUCUUCAGAUUAUUUUUGUUCCAAUGAAUAAUAAAAUGAAUUUAAUUUA